AUGUUUGAGGCAGCACUCAAGAGCGUGACGAUGCGCAGCAUGGCGGUUGCGCAGCUGUGGGAGACCGUCAGCCGCGCCGUGGCUGUCGGGGAGGUGCAGCUGGACACAAUUCGGUUGGAAGGGCUGCAGGUUACAGAUGAGGACGUAGAGAAAAUAGUAGGCGCUGUCAUCUCUAGCGGACUGGCCAUUCGGAACAUCUCGGUGGCUAGCAACGACAUCGGGGACGCCGGUGUAGGGUCGUUGGCCCGACUGCUAGACGACGAGCCGCCUUCAUACAGCUCCGUCCUAUCCUCGCUGGACUUGAGAGGAAACAGCAUCGGUUCGAAAGGAUGCCAGUUGCUCACGGAACGCCUGCGCCAGAACGCGACCCUGACGUCGUUGGAUCUGAGCUCAAACCCUUUGAAAAGCGAAGGGGCGUCGUACAUCUCAAAGAUGCUCUUGGACAAUUUCACGAUCGAGCGGCUGGUCAUCAGCAAUACGGACAUGACCGAGGCAGGGUUCACCGCAGUUCUUGCCGUGCUACGAGAAGGGAACAACACCGUGCGGGAGUUGAGCAUUGGGUCACAGCUACUGCGCUCUCGCGAGGAAGUCGCCGCGUGUCACGUGUCGCGAACGCUCGAAACCCCGCCUUACAUGCUGCGACUACUGGACCUGUCGGGGUGCGGCAUAGGCGACGAGGGGGCGUACGUGUUGCGAGGUGCGCUGACGGGGCACCCGACGAUGAGGACGCUAGACCUCUCGCGAAACCGCAUAGGCAUUACGGGCGGCCAGGCGCUCGCUAGCCUCUUGGUGGGGGAUUCGUCGCUGUCCAGUCUAUUCCUCCGGGCGAACAUGAUAGGUGACGAGGGGGCUAGGGCGUUCAAGAUCGUCCUUCUGCACAGCCAGACGCUAACCACCCUUGAUCUGCGCAGCAACGACAUCCACGAUCCGGGCCUGGACGCUCUCGCGGAAGGGAUGGAGUGCAACGCCUCCGUUGAACGCCUUUUCGUGUGGGGGAACCACUUCGGACAGGCAUCUCUGAAGCGCUUCGGGGGCCUGGGCGGGGGACGGUUCGCCCUCGUGGGCGUCUUCCUCGACGUGCAGCCAUUCGUCGUGGAUGGGGUCUACCACGCGGCCGAAAAGUUCGAGUGA